UAAUAUUUUUUUGAAUAAGAAGAAGCAUAAAUAACAAAAUCAUAUACCGACAUAUACUUAACCCUUUCAUCACGCACACCCCACUCUUUAGAAGAGAAGACUCAAUUUUCACGUUCAUAACAUAAUCACAUCGCUACCGAAGAAGAGAACAACAAGAAUCUACGCUGAAUUUGUAAAGAGGGAAGUGCUCGAUCUAUGGCUGCCGUUGGUGUAGAAGUGAAGCGCACAGAUGGCGCACCAGAGGAGCAUUGCUCUGCCAAGCUAACAAAGCAGGGUGAAGGGCUUCGCCAGUACUAUACUCAGCACAUCCAUGAGCUGCAGCUCCUUCUCCGUCAGAAGACCCAUAAUCUCAAUCGUCUCGAGGCUCAACGUAACGAGCUCAAUUCUAGGGUGAGGAUGCUUCGAGAAGAACUGCAGCUUCUUCAAGAGCCUGGCUCAUAUGUUGGUGAAGUUGUCAAAGUUAUGGGCAAGAACAAAGUGUUGGUCAAGGUCCAUCCCGAAGGGAAAUAUGUUGUUGAUAUCGACAAAAAUAUUGACAUUACGAAGAUCACUCCGUCUACCAGAGUUGCUCUCCGCAAUGAUAGUUAUGUGCUUCAUUUAGUUCUUCCAAGCAAAGUUGAUCCAUUGGUCAAUCUGAUGAAAGUGGAGAAAGUUCCUGAUUCUACAUAUGACAUGAUUGGUGGUUUAGACCAGCAAAUCAAAGAAAUAAAAGAGGUCAUUGAGCUUCCAAUUAAACAUCCUGAGCUGUUUGAAAGUCUUGGAAUAGCUCAACCAAAGGGUGUCCUUUUGUAUGGGCCGCCUGGUACCGGAAAAACAUUGUUGGCUAGGGCAGUAGCACAUCAUACUGAUUGUACAUUCAUCAGGGUGUCUGGUUCUGAACUAGUUCAGAAAUACAUUGGAGAAGGUUCAAGAAUGGUCAGGGAACUUUUCGUUAUGGCCAGGGAGCAUGCUCCAUCAAUUAUCUUCAUGGACGAAAUUGACAGUAUUGGAUCAGCCCGAAUGGAAUCUGGAAGUGGCAACGGUGAUAGUGAGGUGCAGCGUACUAUGUUGGAACUUCUAAAUCAGUUGGAUGGAUUUGAAGCUUCGAAUAAGAUCAAGGUUUUGAUGGCCACCAAUCGGAUUGAUAUCCUAGAUCAAGCACUCUUGAGACCUGGACGGAUUGACCGAAAGAUUGAAUUUCCAAACCCUAAUGAAGAGUCUCGUCGGGAUAUCUUGAAAAUCCAUUCAAGAAGAAUGAAUUUAAUGCGUGGGAUUGACUUGAAGAAGAUUGCUGAGAAGAUGAAUGGAGCAUCUGGUGCCGAGUUAAAGGCUGUAUGCACAGAAGCUGGAAUGUUUGCUUUGAGGGAGAGGAGGGUGCAUGUGACACAGGAGGAUUUUGAGAUGGCUGUGGCCAAGGUGAUGAAGAAGGAGACAGAGAAAAACAUGUCAUUGAGGAAGUUAUGGAAGUGAUUUGUAUUUUAUGUUUCUGGUGCACAUUGUCCUAUGCAGAUUAACGGAAAACACACACCUUAUUGGUCUUUCAGUUUACAGUCACGCUUAUGUUGACUAAGUUAUGUACCAAAAUCAUGAUCAUUUCAUGUUUAAUUGCACUUUUUUGUUACUCUCUA